UUUACCUCAGCUCAGAGAAAGUUUCGACCUCGGCCUAGCAGCAAUCCUCCAUUCCUCUCCUGAUUUAUUUGCGUUAGAGAUUUAGGGUUUUCUCUCUUUUUACGUGUUCAAGAUCGUUUGUGGAAAUAAAUCUUUGAGUAUGUUGUUGGAUUGUUCUCUUUUUUAAUAAAUUUCAUUUUCUUGAUACGUAUUCGAGCUCUGUCUCUGUCUCUGCGUAAUGCAUUGUGAUAUGAAAAAUGGUGUGAAAACAGUUGAUGAAACAUUGGGGUUAUUUGUAGUUUCAAUGGAGGAUUUAACAAGAAGAGGGGCAAUUGGUGGAUUGGAUUUGGCUUCGAGAAAGGCUGAAGAAGCAGCUUUAAGAAGAUAUCAAGCUGUCCAUUGGCUUGAUUAUCUUGUUGGACCACUUGGAAUACCGAGUCAGCCGUUGGAGAAAGACUUCAUUUCUUGCUUAAGAAAUGGAUUGAUCCUCUGCAAAGUAAUGAACAUAAUUCAACCUGGUUCGGUGUCAAAGGUUGUAGAAAAGUGUGGUCCUUCACCACUCUUGUGGGAUUCCCAACCUCUGCCAGCUUAUCAGUACUUUGAGAAUGUUCGAAACUUUUUGGUAGCUGUGGGAGAAUUGAAACUUCCCAAUUUUGAAGCUUCUAUAUUUGAAAGGGACAACUUGGAAGAAGGAUCGUCAACUAAAGUUGUCGAUUGCAUUUUGGCUCUGAAAGGUUAUCAUGAAUGGAAGCAAAUGACAGGAGGCAAUGGCGUCUACAAGCCACCUAAGUCACCACUGUUACAUUCAGCCAAUAGAAUUCAUGUGCGUACUCCGCAUUUGGUUCCUCAACAUUGUGCCAGAAAACUAGACAUGUCAGGAGGCAACAUUGGAAAAAUGCCACAGGAAAGUGAUAUCGCGAAUCUUGAAGCUAAAAUUGUCAAGGCCCUUGAAGAACAGUUGCUGUCCAGAAAGGAGAACAUCAACAAUAAUAUAGUUUCUUUAUAUUAUAGUGGAGGCUUGGAUACGGUCGACUCCAUCAAGAUUCUAACUAGUUGCCUGGAGGAACAAUUACGAAAAGCAUUUCCAGAGAUGAACUCAAGUAUACUGGACCAUUUAAGAGAGCAAAGCCGCUUGCCUGUGCAAUCCACAGUUGUGCCUCUUGCAGAUUUGUCAAAUGUGAAACGGAAAAAGUGUUGCAGAGCUUGCUUGAGGAAGGGUAGCUGCAAUCACUGGGAUCUAGUUGAGCAGCAAGAGAAGGAACUUUCAGAUAUCAAACGUUUGCUAUCAAGCGUGAAACAGGAGGUUGAGCUCCUGCAAUCCCAGCUUCACAGUGAUAUCAAACAACUUGAAGAUCAAGUGCUUGAAAUGUCCAGCGCCGCACUCGGUUAUCAGAAUGCUGUCAAAGAAAACAGGAAACUGUACAACAUGGUUCAGGAUCUGAAAGGAAGUAUUCGAGUAUUAUGCAGAAUUCGUCCCGCAUGCAAUCUUGAGGAAAAAAAUGUUAUUGAUUUUAUCGGUGAGGAUGGAUCUCUAGUGGUUGUGGAUCCAAAACAUCCACGGGAUAGAAAGCAAAUGUUUCAGUUCAAUCAUGUAUUCGGUCCAGCAGCGACUCAGGAUAAUGUAUUCCGAGACAUACAGCCUCUUGUCAGAUCAGUAAUGGAUGGCUACAGUGUCUGUAUUUUCGCUUACGGUCAAACUGGAUCAGGAAAGACACAUACCAUGUUCUGUCCUCCAGAUGCGCCGGGCAAUGAGUCGGGAAUAAGUUAUUUGGCACUGGACGAUCUUUUUGAUCUUUCUGAUCAGAGGAGGGACAUCACAAAGUAUGAAAUUCAAGUACAGAUGUUCGAGAUAUAUGAUGAACAAGUCUUCGAUCUUCUUGCUAAAGAUCCAGGCCUUAAAGAAUAUCCUUCGCAUUUACACAAGGUAGAGAUCCGGAGCUGCAUCCACAACAACGGCAUGGCUCUUCCAGAUGCUACAUUGCUUCCUGUGAAAUCUGCAGCCGAUGUUGCAGAUGUGAUGAGGCUUGGCGAACAAAAUCGUGCAUUUGAUUCCUCUGUCGCGAAAACAAGCCGGAAUUCACACAGUGUGUUAUCUGUCCAUAUACGCGGCGAAGAUGCUUCAAGAAGCACAUUUCAUAGCUGCCUCCGUUUGGUGGAUCUAGCAGGAAGUACCGAUAAAUCGCUCGCUGGUUUGGUCGAUGUUAUCACAGCAUUAGCAGAGAAGCACUCUCAUAUUCCCUACCAAAACAGCAAGCUCACUUUGCUUCUUCAGGACACCUUAGGAGGGAAUGCAAAGACAUUGAUGGUUGCUCAUGUGAAUCCCGAUGGCGACUUCAUUGAAGAAACCAUGAGAACAUUAAGAUUUGCUCAAAGGGUAUCAAGUGUCGAACUUGGUGCACCUCGUGCGAAUAAAGAGAGCAUCGAAGUGUUGGAGCUUAAGGCGCAGUUGGAGAGCCUCAAGAAGGCUUUUACCAACCAGGAAUGGACAUCGCCGAUGAGAAGAUCAAAAGAAGGAGCAAGAACGCCACCAUGUCAGAAACCUAAACAAAUGGCUGAUCAUAGAACACCUUUGCCAUCAAGACGAAUGAGCAUCGAAAACAGCCUUACCACACCAUCAGCAAGAUCGACGAAUGGCGUAAACAAAAGGGCUGUCAAAACCCCUCCUGCAACCACUUAUUCCAGUCGAAGAUCAAGCCUGGAAGGGCCUAGGAACAACAUGCAGAAGGAUUCUUGCCAGAUCAAGUUACUGGAUGCCGUAACACCAGAAGCGCGGCUUGAUGGAAAAUCGAUCGUAAAGACCUCCAGAACAAAGGAAACAAAUGCACCAUUGCUCAGCCAGAGGUCUCCUCGGAGUCCAACCAGUGCUGCUGUCCAAACUUCGGUGGUAAGAAUCGACACAGCAACAAUAAAGAAGUCUCUUCCAUCUUUCCAAACACCGAUGACCCAAAGAGACUCGAUCAUCAUCCCGCAACAACUCCAGACGCCUUCCACGGUGCAAUCCAAAGUGUCCCACACAAGAAAGUCCCUUCGAAACAUCGGAAAAUUGAUCAAAGGCUCCGACAAGAGGAAACCGAAACUAGCAGAGCCAGAAACACCGAGGAUUGUGAAGUCGCCGACUUUAUCGAAUGCAAGAACCUCAAGAAGACAAUCACUCACAGGUCUACAGCCACCAGGAAUAAGGUCUAGUGAAUAUGGCAUUGAGGAUAGGAAUGCCAAGACACCUCCCCCAGUUGGUUCUUCAUCAAAGUUCAUCAAAAGAUGGCUUUAGGAUCAUUACUGCGCAGGUUUUUCUUUGCUUUGUCUCGAAGCAUUCUUUAGGACUAACUCUCUCACUUUUAGAUGUUGAUGAUGAAGAAGUAGAAAUUACUACAAGAAUUCUGUCUGAUAGUGCCCAUAUCUGUUUGAGCAAUUUAUUUUUUGUUCAAUGGAUAUAUUGUAUUUGUA